UUAAGACGCAAGCGUAAAUACGUGGAACCUCGGACACUCAUAAGAAUUCCUCAAGUUGGUCCGAAACGCCAUGUAGUUUGAGACUCUAAACAUUGCACUUGGAUCUGUAUGUGUAUGUGGAUUAUCGACUUGUCAUGACACAAGUGUCUUGGAAAUACACAGCCCCUCUUAGACGUAUUCUGUCGUGCUAUGUCCUACUCGUAUCACUGAGUUGUGUGGGAGACACGAAAGAUGUGUCCUCAUCCAGAAAGAAGGUACCAGUCAUCUUUAUCAAAGAUAUUGUUUCCUCGGGCUUGGGCGCUGUCUACUUUGACUUGCUGACCGGCAAUUAUACACAUUUGAUUGAACUUCCAGCACUGAAAAGUAUCUACGUGGUUGCCAAUGGAAACAUCUUACUGCGCCUAAACAGCGACAAUCUGAGGCAUUUGGCCGGCUUCCGUCUGCCAUCAAAAUCCGCUCCGUCGUUAUGUUCGGGAAACCCUGAGGUUCCCUGCGACGAACAAUCUGCAUUUAGCCUUAUUUCUAAAACACUUGAUGGACAAAAUUUAUGGUAUUGUUAUAUGUAUCAGACGCAGUAUAUGAAAAACACGAUUAUUCCAAAUGCGGAUGCAGCCAGGUGUGAAAUCCCAGAGCCUCGCACACUAGAACCAGACUCACGCUUGGUUCAGUGGGAAAAUUCCGUUUAUUCGUCGCUUGAUCUUAGCAAAUCUGGUGUGCAUCUGAUGGCCAGUGACGGGUUCCUCUACACUGCUGGUUGGUUCCACGGAGCCCUCCAUAUUCACCGGGUGUUGUUGCCUAAUUUCAACGGCCUUCCUAAUUGGGAUCAUUUCCUUGUGACUCCAGUUCGCGAAGAUUAUAUACGAGAACCGGCAAGCUUUAUUGCAGCCUUUGAAACCAAAGAAGAGGUUUAUUUCGUCAUUCGAGAGAUGGAUUCGUUGACAUGCGUUUCUCGUGUGCUAGGUCGGCAGUCACCAAGUCUGUCAGAAAAGCCAGAAUCAAAAGUUGAGAGUAAUCUGAGUAUCGUCACUCGGCUGAUAAGGAUAUGUAAGGGUGACCGCGGAGGAUACCCGUAUGUGAAUGAGGGAGAAUUCGCCACAUUUGCCAAAGCCACCCUACAAUGCACUUAUUACGGGGACGAGAACAGUAACUCACGGACAGGAGCAGAACUUUUAUUCACCCACGGGCUUGCUGCUAACUGGGAUUCGAUCGGUGAACACCUUUAUGUUAGUUUCUCAACACCCAGCGGAUAUCCAAAAUCUGCCGCGAUAUGUAUCUACUCUAAAGAAGCGAUCGAGAAAGCAUUUCGGAGUGAACUGUAUUCAUUGCAUUCUGAGACUGGAAAACCAGAAGCAAUUGCCAAUACCUUUCCAAAUAUUUGUUCAAGAUUCAGCUCCAAAAGUCUAACUGAUCGCGAGUUAGAACAAAGCAGGAGCCUAUCUCGUAAUCACGUCCUACGCAAAGAUCCUAUUCGUCCGAUUAACAACCGUCCUGUGCUGAUGCACCCUAACCCGGGUGAACCAACUGACUCUGUGUAUCCCACAGAUGUCACCUGGAACCAUAUUGCUAUCGACAGAGGUGGAACAAUAGUCGUUUUGUAUUUGGCCAAACUCCGAUCUCUCGAACGUUAUUUGCUCGUUGGUUUCAAAACAAAGCCUGUGCUAAGAGCGUGCUAUGUUGACAAGUUUCUACUUGACGCUGAUAAAACGGCUGAAGUGAUAACUGCUGUGGGUCAGCAAAUUACGGAUGGCCAACUCUACCUUCUAACGAACAAACACGUAUUACGUGUGCCCGUGAACGCCUAUGGAUGUCACACUCAGCGGUCCCCAACAACAUGUUCUCUCGCAAAGAAUCCAUACUGCAAAUGGGAACAAACUACGGGAACCUGUGAGGCAAUAAAACUUGUUCAACUCACCCCGACGUCUGGAACAGCUACUGAAGAUCGGGAAAUUGAGGAGCUUUAUGAAAGUUGUGAGAAAAACCCGCCAGAUGACUCCGGUUGGGCAACGUCUAGCUUUUGGUGGGAUAGUGUUGCUCAACUUACGGAUAUCAAAUGGAGUACAGCUGAUUUAAGGUCCGAAAAAUCAGCUCUAUUGCCCUGCCCACAUGUCCAAUUAGUUGCUGGUAAUGGAAAUGAACAAAACUUGACCUGUUGGUGUAGACCCUGCACUGACUGUAAACAAGGUGGUGAUUUCCGGGUGGAGCUCUCAAACUGCACAGUUCUUCCAUCCUGGUCUCCUUGGUCUCCAUGGUCUUCGUGUCAUUCCUUGUGUGGUUCCGGUGUACAAUCCCGAACGAGGAUAUGCGACAGUCCUGGUCCAUUGAAAGUUUCGCACCUGGAUCACACGACAUCCCUGCUAACUUGUAAAUCGAAUAUUUCGAAUGUUAUUCGAGGAGAUGUCGGCGACAGUGCACCGCGUACACAAAUGCAAUUUAAAUACUGCAAUGUGUAUCCCACUUGUGAUGACAACACUAACACGGAUAAACAAAGCCUGGUUGGAGCAAACACUACGGAUGUGUCAUAUGCUUGGAAUGGACGUGCUACGUGGAGCGGUUGGUCACAAUGGUCUUCGUGCCAAUCGGAACUCUUGAUGGAGGGCUUUGGUGUGAAAAAUUAUGAAGACCAGGAGACAAAAGAAUACUACGAACCAGCGUACUUUCGUUCAAGGAUACGACGAUGUACAUCGCCCCCAGGUCCGACUGGUAUCCUGCCCGAAUCGGUUGGUCUUGGAAGCUGUUUCGGGCCAUGGAAACAGCAACAAACGUGUGCGUCCGGUGCACUACAGUUGGCCAUAGCGAAGACCAUUUCAAAGAACAACGAUGACAAAUUCACUGGACUCCAGCUUUUUUUGGUUGGGCUGAUCUCCUUCAUACUGACAUCCGCAAUUACUGGAAUUUCUUUGCUAAUUUACCAUUGUUUAUGGGCCAAACAGGGGAAAAUGAAACCCAAAACACCGAGGACGGGUUAUUACUACAAUGAGACUUCUGAAGGCAAUGAAGUGGAUGAGCAGACAGGUCCACUUAUGCCAAAUCCAAACCUGUUUGGUGUCACCACCAAAUAUGUGCCAAGUGAACCCUCAGCGAUGCCGUUCAUAGGACCCCCGAAACCAAUUCUGUCCUUACCACCCAGUGUGAAAUCGGACAUUCUGAACACUGGAAUCAAACGACCGCAUUCAAAACGUGGACAUGCUAGUAAUGUUAUCUACGACUCAGUAGCAUCUCAAGACUUACCAACAUUCUUCAGUUAUCCAGAUGGAACGUACCUAACGGAAAACUACGCUGAAAACACAUUAGACCAAGGUAUGUCUUACCUUCAAGAUCAGUCUCAACCAGGUGACCGUAGCUACUGGAGCUUGCCAAAAGCGAAAAAAAGAAUACCGCCAGCUGUGACGGAACAAGAUGAGCAGGCGGAUGAGUCGGAUGAGUCAAAUGAUCGAGACCACACGAACUCUCAAUCUUUGGACGGUCGAAAAUGGCCGAAUCCAGUAAAAAGUGGACAACCAUUCUGUGUGCGAAAAGAUUCUAUGAGCGUGCAAACCACUGGUGAACACGUAGAGCAUCCAUCGGCCAAUCAUUACAUGGACUAUCACAAACAAAACUUGCCUUCUGUUCGGCCUGAUUAUGAUAGAAACACUAUUGGCUCGGAAGUGGACCGUUUUACCAAAGGUCCGGAAACCGUUAAUGGAGAAGAUCAUUCCUCACGUCUUUCCAAUUCCAGUUCAAGGUUUACGACGAAUUCGCGACUUGAGGACAUCAAUCGUUUGAGCUGUAGCUCUACUUUUACCGAUGGUCCCGCAAGGAAGCGAACUUCGAGUCCCCCAAGUGUCAUUCCACCAGAGAUGCCUGUAUUGUCUCUUCGGUAUGCUGAUACCUCAUGCAACAGAAGGCAGAACAAUCCAUCCAAUGAUUCCUCUAUUGACUGGAACCUUGGAAAUGGAUCCACACGAAGUGAGUUAUAUUCCGUAUGCCUCGAUCGACCGUCGAAUCCGCACUUGCGUGAACCCUCCGGACAUAGCUCAACUCCGUCUGACAGAGAGCUUAACCCCAACAAUCGUUGAUGCCUCCGUGAUUAUGUUUGGCAGCACUAGCUAUGCUGUCUCUCAUAAACAGACAACUCCUCAUUCCCUGUAUCUGCCUGACAAUACCCGUUUUUCUCCUAUGUUACAUGCAAACUUUGUAGAAUAAAUAUGCUGAUAUCGCUUCAUAGUGCAUAUCGGUGUGAUAAAAAUCGGUCUUUUAGGAUCAUUUUGUCUGAAUAAACCUUUUUGUUAAAAUGAAAAUGCUGCCUAGCAAUAAAC